GAGGCUGGGUCGGGGGAGCGAGCAGAGUCUGCGCCCGGCGCCCGGGACGAGGAAGAGUCGGACCUUCUCUACAGCCGCCUUCUGCGCCCGGCCGGGCUAUUAGCAAAAGAUGGUGGAUCGCUUGGCAAACAGUGAAGCAAAUACUAGACGUAUAAAUAUAGUAGAAAACUGUUUUGGAGCAGCUGGCCAACCCUUAACUAUACCUGGACGGGUUCUUAUUGGAGAAGGAGUAUUGACUAAGUUGUGCAGAAAAAAGCCUAAAGCAAGGCAGUUUUUCUUAUUUAAUGAUAUUCUUGUAUAUGGCAAUAUUGUCAUCCAGAAGAAAAAAUAUAACAAACAACAUAUUAUUCCCCUGGAAAAUGUCACAAUUGAUUCUAUCAAAGAUGAGGGAGACUUGAGGAAUGGAUGGCUGAUCAAGACACCAACUAAAUCGUUUGCAGUUUAUGCUGCCACUGCCACUGAGAAUUCGGAAUGGAUGAAUCACAUAAAUAAAUGUGUUACUGAUUUACUCUCCAAAAGUGGGAAGACACCCAGUAAUGAACAUGCUGCUGUCUGGGUUCCUGACUCUGAGGCAACUGUAUGUAUGCGUUGUCAGAAAGCAAAAUUCACACCUGUUAAUCGUCGUCACCACUGCCGCAAAUGUGGUUUUGUUGUCUGUGGGCCCUGCUCUGAAAAGAGAUUUCUUCUUCCCAGCCAGUCCUCUAAGCCUGUGAGGAUUUGUGACUUCUGCUAUGACCUGCUUUCUACUGGGGACAUGGCCACGUGCCAGCCUACUAGAUCGGACUCUUAUAGUCAGUCAUUGAAGUCUUCUUUAAAUGAUGUAUCUGACGAUGAUGACGAGGAUGAUAGCAGUGACUAA